GCAUGCACAAUGUUAUAUAGGUUCCCGCCAACUCUUGGUCAACAAGAGAUUUUAAAAUAUAAAAUAAGCACAGAAUGUGUCACUGAGUAACGAAUAUUUGUGUGCCGAACACUACAUUUUAAUAAGAUAAAUCUAAUAUAAUUAUAAUUAAUAACUUAAGUCAAUGUGAUCAAGUGACCAAUUUGCUGAAAAAAUGCUUAAAGAAUACUUUCUUCAAAAUCACGCUGAAGAGCUUCUUGAAAUUAUUAAAAAUCCUGAAGAAUUCAAAACUUUUCCUAUACAUCUUGAUUUUAUAGUACUGUUUGAGGAUGAUGCAGAGAAAGCAAACAAAAUUUUGAGUCGACCGAGGCAAUACUUACCAAUAUGUGACAAUUCAGCUGUUGAGGCUCAGCGGGAACUUGCUGAAAAUAACCAUAUAAUAAAAAAAAAAAUUCGAACUAGAAUACAUGGUGUUCCUGAAAACAUUGAUCAAGCAGAGAUAGGAGAGCUAGUCUCAACCCAUGGAUUUGUGGUUCGAAUAUCCCAACCUUCUGUAUCCAUAGUUGCCAAGCAUCUGUUAUGCAAGAAGUGCAAACAUGUCACUGUUGCAAAACUUGAAUGGGAAAGAGGAAAAAUUCCAGACAUAAGGGAAUGCGAAGCAUGCAAAAAAAGAAGUCUACAUCCUGAAACUUCAGUACAAGAACAAGAAUGUGCAGAUUAUCAAGAAAUAAAAAUUCAAGAUAAAUCACAAAGUGCUACUAGUGGAAUGACGAGUGCCUUACAAGUAAUUCUAUUAGAAGAUCUAGUUGACAAAUGUACAUCAGGAGAUAAUGUUAAUAUUAGUGGCUAUUUGAUACGAAAAUGGGGAAAUGUAGUUGAAGGUCAAAGACCUACUGCCACAACAUUUUUAUUGGCAAACAGUUUAUUAGUUAGAAGAAAAGUUGCUGAAUCAGAUUUUUGUAGAGAUGAGAUCACCAAGAUUUUUCGAAAUUAUUGGAAAGGUUUUACUGAAAAGCCUUUGGAUGGCAGAGAUAACAUACUAGCUUCUAUAUGUCCACAACUAUAUGGAAUGUAUAGUAUGAAAUUAGCACUAGCUGUUAUAUUGUGUGGAGGAGUAACAAAAACAAUUAAAACAGGCACUAGAGUAAGAGGUGAUCCACAUCUACUAUUAUGCGGUGAUCCCGGUACCGGCAAAUCACAGAUGUUGCGAACAGCUGCGAGACUGGCAGCUCGAUCUAUUAUGACAACUGGCGUAGGGACUACUGCGGCUGGUUUAACAGCUGCAGCCAUAAAAGACUCUGAUGGUUGGCAUUUAGAAGCAGGUGCUCUGGUUUCGGCAAAUGGCGGGGUUUGUUGCAUCGACGAGCUGACAACGAUGAGCACCAGCGAUAUGGCUUCGAUCCACGAAGCAAUGGAACAACAAACUAUAUCCAUCGCGAAGGCCGGACUUGUAAGCACUUUGAACUCGAGGUGUACCGUCGUCGCGGCUAUUAAUCCGGUGGGUGGAAGAUUCACAGAUGGAGAAGAAGUCAAGAUGCGACUCGGCGGUCCAUUGCUAUCCAGAUUCGACUUGAUUUUAUUUUUGAGAGACAGACAUGAUCCGCAAUGGGACGAACUUGUGUCGAAUCAUAUUUUGCAAGCGGCUAUGGAUACCGGAGAUUACGAGAGCCAAUUGAGCUUAAAAAAUACCACAAAUUAUUCUGUAACCGAAAGCGUAAGAAAGGAGACAACAAACCUUAAUACUUCUAGCGCUGAUAGUGCCGAAAUAAACGCAACCGGAAGUUUAAGUAUAUUGAAAACAGAUGGUUUAUGGGAUGAAAAAACGUUACGAGAAUAUUUUGCACAUGUUCACACUAUGAAGCCAGUGAUGACUAAAGACGCGGAGAAGGUUUUGCGUGCUACUUACUUCUAUCACAGACACAGACCAGAGAGACGAGAAGAGCGAACAACGGUGCGAUUGAUGGAUAGCUUAGUCAGAUUGGCAGAGGGACACGCAAAACUUAUGUACCGAAAUGAAGUUCUAAUAAUGGACGCGCUUUUCUCAACCCAACUGAUCAACUUAACUAACGGAAUAACCAACGAAAGUUGUAGAUUUCCUGAAGAUUCAAUGGCUACGUACAAAUCAGAAGGAGCUGAACUACUCAGUAUGCUCGAUUUGGACGACCUUAUAGAGCGAUUGUAGAUAAAAACAUAAAUACAAUAUUAAUAAAACACU